AUGGGAGGGGCAGGCAUUUUGUUGCUGCUGCUGCUACUGCUGACUGAGGCAGGGGCUGGGGUGGCCUGGAGACCCCCAAAGGGAAAGUGUCCUCUGAGCUGCUCCUGCUCCAAAGACAGUGCCCUGUGUGAAGGUUCCCCGGACCUGCCUGAGAGCUUCUCCCCGACCCUGCUGUCACUCUCACUUGUUAGGACUGGAGCCACCCAGCUGAAGACCGGCAGCUUCCUGAGGGUGCCAUCGCUGCACCUGCUCCUCCUCACAUUCAACAUCUUCUCCGUGAUUGAGGACGAUGCAUUUGCGGGCCUAUCCCACCUGCAGUAUCUCUUCAUCGAGGAUAAUGAGAUUGGUUCCAUCUCUAAGAAUGCUCUCAGAGGACUUCGCUCACUCACACACCUGAGCCUGGCCAAUAACCAUCUUGAGACCCUCCCCAGAUUCCUGUUCCGAGGCUUGGAGACCCUGACUCAUGUGGACCUCCGAGGGAACCCGUUCCAGUGUGACUGCCGUGUCCUCUGGCUGCUGCAGUGGAUGCCCAGCGUGAACGCCAGCGUGGGUACUGGGGCCUGUGCCAGCCCUGCCGCCCUGGCCCACAUGCAGCUCCGUCACCUCGACCCCAAGACGUUCAAGUGCAGAGCCAUAGAGCUGUCCUGGUUCCAGACGGUUGGAGAGUCGGCGCUGGGUGUGGAGCCUUUCUCAUACCAGGGGGAACCCCACGUCAUCCUGGCACAGCCCUUUGCCGGCCGCUGCUUGAUCCUCACCUGGGACUACGGCCUGCAGCGCUUCCGGCCAGAGGAAGAGCUGUCUGCACCCUCAGUGGUAUCCUGCAAGCCGCUGGUGUUGGGCCUGCGCCUCUUCAUCCUGGCUGCUCGCCUGUGGGGAGGCUCACAGCUGUGGUCCCGGCCCAGCCCUGGCCUGCGCCUGGCCCCCACUCAGGCCCUUGCCCCAAAGAGGCUGCUGCGCCCCAAUGAUGCCGAGCUCCUGUGGCUAGAUGGGCAGCCCUGUUUCGUGGUGGUCGAUGCCUCCAAGGCAGGCAGCACCACACUGCUGUGCCGCGAUGGGCUUGGCUUUUACCCACGUCAGAGCCUCCAUGCUUGGCACCGGGACACAGAUGCUGAGGCCCUUGAGCUGGACGGCCGGCCUCAUCUGCUCUUGGCCUCGGCCUCCCAGCGGCCGGUGCUCUUCCACUGGUUUGGGGGCCGCUUUGAAAGGCGCACAGACAUCCCUGAGGCUGAGGACGUCUAUGCCACACGCCACUUCCAGGCCAAUGGGGACGUGUUCCUGUGCCUGACACGCUAUAUCGGGGACUCCAUGGUCAUGCGCUGGGAUGGCUCCAUGUUUCGCCUGCUGCAGCAACUUCCAUCACGUGGUGCCCAUGUCUUCCAGCCACUGCUCAUCGCCAGGGAUCAGCUGGCUAUCCUGGGCAGUGACUUUGCCUUCAGCCAGGUCUUCCGCCUUGAUCCUGACAAGGGACUCCUGGAACCUUUGCAGGAGCUGGGGCCCCCAGCUUUGGUGGCCCCCCGGGCCUUUGCCCACAUCACCAUGGCUGGCAGACACUUCCUCUUUGCUGCUUGCUUUAAGGGCCCCACACAGAUCUACCAGCUUCACGAAUUAGACCUCAGUGCCUGACUGUGGAUGGGACCCUGGACAUGGUUAGUGAGGGGGCUGGCAUGGGAAAUCUUAGGCCUCUGGACAGGCUCUUGAUUGACCUCCUGGCCCCACUUGGGAUUAUGGUUGGUCCUGUGAAAUACUGGCCACAGCCCAAGUUCAAGGCAAGAGCUGUCCUCCUAGUCUAAAGCAACAUCUUUUCUGGGGGCAAAUGCCCCCCACCAAGGGUGAUAUGGGAGCUCAGGCUGGGGCAUGGAAGCAGAAUCCAGAGUCAUGGUAGGGGUAACGUACAGAGCUCCCUCCCCUCAAAACACCCUCCCUGCUCCCUGUGCAAGUACUCAGGAGGAGAUAGCUUUCUUCUCAAUCUGGCCAAUCGCUUUUAGUGCAUCCCUCCAUGACGUCAUCAGUUGCUGGGCAGGUUUUCCUGCUGGGCUUGCUAACUUCCUCUGCUGCUUGUGCGCAUGCCUGCUGCUAAGGCGGAAACAGCCUGGCGUCCUCAUGCUCGCAGAGGAGAAUGGGAGGAAAAGCGAGAGUUGUUGUGGGGAACCUCGGGUGCCCUUUUCCAGUGGGUGACAGGGGUGAAGGCAGAAAGUGUCUAAACUCAAUAAAUGCGCUGUGCACCCACCCCACCGGUUGUUGUGGGAUCAUUGGGAGAGUGUCUCCUGAAUGAUAUGGGUGGGGGGCAGUGUCCCAGGAGCAGUGUUAUGGAAUGCGAGGUCCCAAGAGUGAGCCUUCGGAGUUGUCUAAGGAGCGUGGGUCAUGAUUAUGGGGGGCUCAUGGAAUGUUCGAGGGAUAUAAGGGCAGUAUCAGGGGAUAGGCCACAAGUUUAUUGUGGGUCCCUUCUUGGGGUCUCUUUUUGAGUGUUUUGAAGGGUUUUAGACAUUUUAAAGAGUGGCUCUUGGGGACAUUUGGAGGUCUUACUGGGUUUUGGGGAGUCUCAAGGGAGUCUGAGGCUCAUUGGAGGGUCUCAUAUCAUAUGGCUGUCAUCAUAUAUUACAAGGGUUAUUAUGGACAAUUAUUUAAAUGUCUCACAGGGACAUUUGGGUGUUAGGAAGAGCCUUCUGCAAUAAAGUGGGGUCUCAGCAGUGAGUGGAAGGAUUACA